CCUGGAAACCCUAGCACGGGUCUGAGGAAUGGGGAGAGGGGAGGAGGAGGAGUUGCGGGCGGCGAGGCGGGGGUACAAGGAGGCGGCGAGGGUGGGGAACCACGAGGAGAAGGCGCGGUGGGCGAACGAGCUCGGCGAUAUCCAUAAGCGGCGCGGGGAGUACGUCGAGGCCCUCCGCUGGCUCCGUGUCGACUACGAUAUCUCGUCCAAGCACCUCCCACAGAAGCAGCUCCUUCCUACCUGUCAAUCCAUCGGCGAGGUCUACCUCCGCCUCAACCGCUUGAAAGAAGCCCUCGUCUACCAGAAGAAGCAUUUACAACUUGCCAAGGAUUCUGAUGACCUUAUUGAGCAGCAAAGAGCAAGCACACAACUUGGUCGAACUUAUCAUCAAAUAUUUACAGAAACUGAAAGUGAUCAUCAUGCAUUGCGAAAUGCAAAAAAAUAUUUCAAAUUAGCCAUGAAAAUUGCAUUUACUCUGAAAGAGACUCCUCCAUCUAUGAAAUCUGGCUUCUUUCUCAAGGAAUUCAUAGAUGCACAUAACAAUAUCGGUAUGCUUGAGAUGGACCUUGAUAAUUAUGAGGAAGCUGAAAAGAUUCUUCUCCAAGGUUUAAAGAUAUGUGAUGAUGAAGAGGUUAGUCAACAUGAUGAUGCCCGCAGCAGGCUUCAUCAUAAUCUUGGAUAUCUAUAUACUGAACUGCGGAAGUGGAGUACUGCCAGGGAGCACAUUGAGAGAGACAUCUUAAUUUGUAAAAAAAUUUGCCACCUGCAAGGUGAAGCUAAGGGCUUUAUCAAUCUUGCAGAGCUGCAUCAUCGAGUUCAGAAAUAUGAUGAUGCAAUCCGUUGUUAUCAGAAGGCACUGGAUUUGGCAAAAUGCUUGGAAGAUGAAGAUGCAUUAGUUAAUCAGAUCAAUCAGAAUAUCAAAACUGUCAAGGAAGCAGCUAAGGUGUUGGAGCAGUUGAAUAAAGAUGAACAGAAACUUAAAAAGUUGAUGAGGGCCACAUCUGAUGCUCGUGGAACUUCAAAUGAGAGAAAAUGCCUCUUAGAGCAGAAUACUUGCCUUGAUGGUCUGAUUGAAAAGGCUCGCAUCAUAUUUGCAUGGCCAAAACAUCUAGAGUUUGCUAAAAGGAAGAAAAGGGUGGCAAGUGAACUUUGUGACAAGGAAAAACUAAGUGAUUCUCUUCUGGCUAUUGGGGAGUCUUACCUGAAGCUUAGGAACUUCAGCAAAGCCCGCAAGUGGUACAUGAAAAGUUGGAAUGUGUACAGGUCAAUUGGGAACUUGGAGGGACAAGCACUGGUCAAGAUAAAUAUUGGGCAGAUAUUGGAUGCCUCUGGUGACUGGGCUGGUGCAUUGGAGGCAUUUGAGGAGGGUUACAGAAUUGCAGUUCAAGGUAAUCUGCUAACCGUACAGAUGACUGCACUUGACAACAUGCACUACAGUCACAUGAUUAGAUUUGACAAUGUUGAUGAAGCCAGGAAAUUGCAGCAGGACAUUCAGAUGUUGAAGUCUUUACUAAAAGAAGAUGCCUUAAAGGACCAGCAAAGUGAUUAUUGCUCUGAAACUGAAACAGAAGGUGGCAAUUUAUCUACUGAUAUUCUUGGUUUGUCUGCAUCACAAGAUUCAGAUGAUUCUGCUAAAAGCAGGCCUAGCCUUCUUGCUUGUGUUGAGGAUCUUGAUGAUGAUGUUCCUCUGGCAUCACUUGGCCGUUUGAGUAAGAGUUCAGCAAAAAUCAAGAUGUCUCAGUUAGAUUCUCUUGGUGUGAGGACUACUGCAUCAUCUAAUCAUGCUCAAGCUUCCUCCAGAGAUUUAAGUAAGUCUCGUGAUGAUCAACAGCACGUUGAUCGUAAGCGUGUUCGUGUUGUUCUUUCUGAUGAUGAAGCUGAUGAUCCUGAUGAGAUGAAUGGGUCAAGGCAAAAACUUCAUAGAUCCAGUGAGUACGUAACUGCUCCUGACAGAGAAAACUUAUUUUGUGGAACAACUGCUAACAAAGAAAUCCAGGAUGCUCCGCAUAGCUCUGAUUCCAAAGAUGAACUUAGUGCCUCUGCGCCUAUUUAUAUUGAAGAAAGUACUUGCUCUUUCAAAUGCAAAAGCCCCAAUUUCACUGUCGAUAAUGAAGCAGAUUUUGGAUCUUCAAAUGAUGCUGGAAUAGCAAUUGCGUCAAAAUCUGCAGCUAGUUGGUCCAAAUUGAGCAACGUUGAAGUUGCUGAUAGACUUCAGCAGAGCCAGAAUGGUGCAGGUGUUGACCAAUUGGUAAAUAACCGUCAUUUUGUCAAAGUUAAAGUUGGUCAUGAUCUAAUCCAUGUUGAUCUAAGUUCCUGCCUGGAAGAUGGCAAUCUGGACAUUGAAUGCCUGAAAGUUGAAGUUGCUUGUACAUAUUUCCUUCAGCUUCCUGAGCAGAAAAGGUCCAAAGGUUUGCUUCCAGUAGUUGGAUGUUUGAUGAGCUCUGGUAAAGCAUUAGGUUCCUCAGAAGUGAUUGAAGACAUUGAGCACCAACCCCAUGAAAGUAUGUGGAUUGAUGUGGUUAUUGAUGGAUGGGUCCCAAAACGCCUUAUGAAGCUGUACAUUGAUUCUUGUGAGAAAUUAUCUGAAUCAACCAAUAUGAAGUUGCUAAAGAAAUUGUAUAACCUGGAGGUCUCAGAGGACGAAGUUGUAGUAUCUGAUUGUGAAUUGCAAGAUGUAUCUGUAUCACCUUUCCUAAAAGCUCUUCAAGCACAUAAAACACUUGCUGUGCUGGAUAUUUCCCAUAAUCUGUUAGGUAAUGAGACUAUGGAGAAGAUUCAACAAAUAUUCAAUUCAUCAACCCAAAAGUAUGGUGGUUUGACUCUGGACUUGCAUUGUAAUCGGUUUGGUCCAACUGCAUUAUUCCAGAUAUGUGAAUGCUCUGUCCUCUCUGCUCGUUUAGAAGUGCUUAAUCUGUCUGAAAAUCGGCUAACAGAUGCAUGCAGUUCUUAUCUCUCUACUAUAUUAGAGAAUUGCAAAGCACUUUAUAGUUUGAACAUAGAACAAUGCUCCAUCACAACUAGAACAGUUGAGAAAGUUGCUGAUGCAAUAAACGUUGGAUCUGUGCUAUCACAUCUUUCAAUAGGUAGGAAUAACCCAAUAUCUGGAAAUGCAAUUGUAAAUUUGUUAACCAAACUUCAAUCCUUGAAAAGAUUUUCAGAACUGAGCCUGACUGGUAUAAGAUUAAACAAGGCUGUGAUUGAUCAUCUCUGCCUAGUCGCUCAAUCAUCAAGUCUCACUGCAUUGAAGCUUGGCGGAACUUAUAUUAGAGUUGAUGGAGCAAUAAGGGUAAUCGAGGCAGUAUGCACUGGACCUCAAGAGUUGGUGAGGUUGGAUCUGUCAUAUUGUGGACUGACAUCUCAUGCUUUUGCCGAAGCAUGCCAAGGCUUCGUUCUACUCGGUGGCAUUCUGGAGAUGAACAUCACAGGAAACUCCAUUAACCAAGAGGUCCGUGAUGCUUUGGCAUCAGUGCUUAUGGACCCCAAAUGCAGCCUCAGAUCUCUUAUCCUGAGUAACUGCCAACUAGGACUGGUGGGAAUGGUUCAGAUAAUUCAGGCAUUAGCAGAGAAUGAAUCGUUGGAAGAGCUCCAUCUAGCUGAGAACGCAGAUGCCCAGGAAAUAAUUCCGCUGAAGUCUGAUGUUGGUGGACUUGAAGUUGCUGACAGUGAAGAUGAAGCAAUCAUGGAGGAGCAACCCCUCUUGUGCGGCCCUGAUGCAAGCUGCGCAAGCUCAUGCCGGAGGAGGUCGUCCGCGUGUGGCCAACCGAUUCAGGAGCUGUCAGAGGCAAUCACUUCUGCAAGAAAUCUACAGAUGCUAAAUCUGAGUCGAAACAAGUUCUCACAAGAAGCUAUUGACUCGCUAUAUGCGGCUUGGUCAUCACCACCAAGAUGCAAUGAUGGAAAGAGCCGUAAGCACGUUAACGCGGAUAUAGUACAUUUCUCCGUCAAUGGAAAGAAGUGUUGUGGUGUGAGACCCUGCUGCACAAGAGAUUGAUAGGCUUCCUUCUUUGAAUGUUCUGUUUGACUUUGUUCAUCUUACACAUCUUAGGCAUGACUAUACGAUAUUUAGCCCCUCUCUCUCUCUCUCUCUCUCUCUCUCUCUCUCUCUCUCUCUAUACCUCUUUGUAUAUUCCUCUCAAGUGUCAAAGUCAUUUUAACCUUCAUGGAAAUUCUAAUAGAUAACUAUGUAAUUUCAAAUGGUUAUGAUAAUAAAGAGUUAUUUUAUGUUUGUA